AUGUAUCCUCCAAUGGAAGAUCCGAAUCAAGCUUAUUCCAUGGGCGGACAACCACCACCACCACCUCCACCUCAGUAUCAGAAUUAUGGCCAGCCGCGUCAGGUACCAAAUGGACAACAACAGUUCCCUGGCCCCAGUGGGAUGAAUAGUCAACAGCAACCAUCGGGACUCAAUCAGAUGAAGGGAGCCAGUCAGAGUCAGUUCACGGUUUUUGAUCCACAAUUGGCCAUGUUCACCUUUGAAAAGCCCAGGAACUCUGAUAGUUGGGCAAAUGCUCGGCCGGAGCAGCAGCCAUUUUCAACCGAGAAGAUACGCAAAGUUUUGCUUGAGAUACUAGACAACCAAAGAGAUCCAACUGCCGCUCUUGACAAGAUUCCCUCCAGUAAAUGCCGGAAGAACAUCAUCGACCUUGUCAAAGACCAGAAUACAAAGCUUCAAGAAGACAACAAGAAGCUCCAGUGGACAAUCGCAGCCGUCAAGAUCAAAUCACAUGAAGACCGCGGCUUCAUGGGGAUGCCAACUAGACCGCAAUUGAAGCGCGUCAAAGUCAUUCUCGAGACUGGCCCUUCUGCUUUGCAAAUGUCCCAGCAAGGCAAGUCCGGGGGACAACCUACCGGCAUGCAAAACCCAAGUAUGCCAAAGCAGCCGAACAAUAUGGCCCAGACACAGGCCUUCCCUGGUCAGCAGAAUGUGAGUGGAGGACAGCAGCCAAGGUCUAUGCCGCCACCACCAGCGCAGAAUCAGAGCCAGCAGAUGCCAGGCCAGUUCCCGCCGCAGCAAAUCCCACGUAUGCACCAGCAUCCCGGCCAAGGUCCUAUUUCAGGGCAGAACGCUCCGCCUCCACCACCACCACCUCCUCCACCGCCACACCCAGGAAUGAUGGACGCUCCAGCUCCACCACCACCACAACUAGGGAGGAUGGACGCUCCUCCACCUCCACCACCACACGCGGUAAGGAUGGGCGCUCCUCCGCCUCCACCACCACAACCAGGGAGGAUGGACGCUCCACCACCUCCACCUCCGCCCCAUGUGCAGAAUCCAAAUCAAGGUCCACCGCCACCACAGCCUGGACCGCAACAGAGCAGCGGACGGGUCCCUGGCAUGCCUGGUUCUUUCCCAGUAGAGGGAUUGAGGCCUCAUCAAAUGCCUUCUUUUGACGAUGAAGACCCUCGCAUUCUGAAGGCACAAAAGGCAAAGCGACCGACCCAUCCACCUUCCUCAUCUUCAUCUUCGUCUUCCUUCUCAACCUCUUCAACAGAUAGCGGUGGGUGGGAGUCCGACUCGGCUAGCUCGAGCGCCGAUCACGUUCGCAUUCGCACUGUCGAAGACGGCUAUGGCUACAUCGAAGGCCAGAAAAGAGGACGCUCGCGAAAGCACAAGAAGUCACGCAAAGACAAGUCCCACCACAAAGCCAAGGUGCACCAUCAGUCCCGCAGUAGGAGCCGGAGCCGGAGCCGGAGUCGUGGCAAAGCCCUACGGAAACGUCGAGACUCUGCUUUGAUCCAGUCUCCCCCUCUGAGCAGACACAAUUCCUUCUCGUCCAAAGAGAGCUCGCCACGGCUGGCACAAGCCCAGCCCAACAUCCAUAUCCACAUCGACCCGAACAAGGUGACGGAGGAACGGGUGCGCAACUACGACGAGCUUCGCGAGCGCCGUCCCGCCCACAAUGCCUCACCGACAAGGGACCAGAAAGAGCGAAGACGCAGCGAGAAGACGAAUACCGGCCAUGCCAUGUCGCGAGAAAACUCCCUCGACCGCGGCAGCGGCACCGACUCGUACGCCACCACAUCAUCUGCACACACGGCGUCUUCCCCCAUCUUCGACAAGCCUGAACGCCGGCCCCCAGUCCUACAGCGUCGCAGCCAUCAACCUUCCUUUUCACAACCACACACUGGCUUCCACAACCCGCACCCAAGCCACAUCUACGACGACGUGGACGACCGCCCCCAUCCACGCUACCACCACCCACACCCCGACGACUACCCCUACAACCCCCCUCCCAGACCCGACCCCUUUCUCAAACAACAAGCGCCCUACACACGCCCAGAUCUAUCCCUCCACCGUCGCUACACCACCACCACCACCACCAACCCCACCAAUCCCAACCCCAACCCUUUCAACCCAACCCACUUCCCACCCCCAAAACCCACCCGCACCUCCCCCUUCGCCGCCCCAGGCCUCCACGACCCCCGACCCGCAAAACGCCCAACCAGCGAACGCGAAGCCCAAGACGAGCUGCGCCUGCGCCGCGACUUUGCCGCCUUUCUCCUGAGCCGCAAGCGCGAGACGCGCGAACGUGAGCGCGAACGCGAGCGCGAUCUCGACGCCCACGAGUUCGCGGCGUUUGUCGAGUGGAAGAAUAAUCAGCGCAGGGGGCGUGGGGGUGCUGGGAUGCGGGAUGGGGCCGUGUAUGGGGAUGAGGAGGAUGGGGAGGAAUGGGAGGGCGGGGAGGAGGAUUUUGAGCAGAGGUAUUUGGCGAUGAGGAGGGGGGUGUAUGGUGCUUUUGAGCGGAUGUGA